AAUACUCUAUUUUUGUUUCGAGAUUAAGAAAGUGCAAUGGUAUUUCCCAAAAAAUUCUUUCUCUCGACUUUUAAACUUUACUCACUGGUGGCGGCAGUGGCAGCGGCAUCAUCACCCAGCAUGUGAUGUGACGAAUGAUGAUGAACAAUGAGGAGAGGAUUACAGCUCCAGUUUGAUCGAGUUUCUUGGUUGCUGAGACAGUGCUCCACCCCCAAACACAUCCAGCAAGCUCAUGGAUUUAUGGUCCCCCGAAGCCUUGUUCACGACAAUCUUAUCCUCGCCCGGUUCAUCGACACCUGCUCUUCUCUCGGCCUCUCAGAUUACGCCUCUUCCGUCUUCGCCCACUGCCCAGCCACUCAUCAGCCAACUAUUUAUCUCUACAACACCAUGAUCAAGGCUCACGCUCUCUCCCCCUCCCCCUCCCGCGCCGUCUCUCUUUUCAACUCCAUUCAACUCGCCGCCUUGCGCCCUGACUCCUACUCCUUCUCCUUUGUGCUCAAGGCCGUUGUCCGCUUGCUCCAACUUCAACUGGGCGCUCAGAUUCACUGCCACGCCAUUGCCACUGGGUUCGCCGCCGAUGCCAACGUCCUCACUGCCCUCGUUCAUAUGUAUUCCUCCUGCGGAUGCGUUUCCCACGCCCGCGCGCUGUUUGAUGGAGCUUUCUUUGUCAGGGAUGCCGCUCUCUGGAACGCAAUGAUCGGGGGGUAUGCCAAGCUCGGUGACCUCGCCAGUGCCCGCCAUGUGUUUGAACUUAUGCCCCAUAGCAUUCGGAACGUGAUUUCUUGGACUGCCCUGAUUGCCGGAUACGCCCAGACGAACCGCCCCCACGAGGCCAUCACCGUCUUCCAGAGAAUGCAGGUUGAGAAUGUUGAGCCUGAUGAGAUAGCAGUGUUAGCUGCACUCUCUGCGUGUGCCCAUUUAGGUGCCCUUGACUUGGGAGAGUGGAUCCAUAACUACAUUAACAGCCAUGGAUUUCGUAAGCUGGUUUCUCUUAACAAUGCACUUAUCGACAUGUAUGCAAAGUCAGGCAACAUCAUGAAAGCCCUUCGGGUUUUUGAAAAUACCAAGUGCAAAACUGUCGUAACUUGGACGACCAUGAUUGCUGGACUGGCUCUGCAUGGUCUUGCAAGAGAAGCCCUUCAAAUGUUUUCUCAAAUGGAAAGGGCUCAAAUCAAGCCUAACCAUAUCACUUUCAUCGCCAUCCUUUCUGCUUGUUGCCAUGGUCGAUUGGUUGAACUAGGCCAUUGGUAUUUUAACAUCAUGUUCUCCAAGUAUGGGAUUGAACCCAAGAUCGUUCACUAUGGCUGCAUGAUCGAUUUACUUGGGCGCGCCGGUUAUCUUGAAGAGGCACACGAGCUGGUUAAGCAGAUGCCUUUUGAAGCAAAUCCAGCUAUAUGGGGUUCUCUUCUUGCCGCUUCUAAUAUACAUGGGCAUGCUGAGCUUGGGCAGCAUGCUUUACAACAUCUUAUAAUGCUCGAGCCCCAUAACAGUGGAAACUAUGCACUUUUGUCUAACAUAUAUGGUGCUCUAGGGAGGUGGAAUGAUUCUGGGAUGCUAAGAAAAAUUAUGAGGGACACAGGUGUGAAGAAGGCGCCGGGAGGGAGUUCAGUAGAAGUGAAUAACAGAGUCCAUGAAUUCAUGGCAGGAGACAAAUCACAUUCAGAGUGCACUAGGAUAUAUGAAGUCCUGUUUAAGAUUUUCAUGCAGUUGAAGCCGGCUGGACAUCUACAAAAUGAUUGUGAGGAGCUGCUUGAAUUUGAUGAAUAGCCAUUAGCCAGGGUUUGAUACUCCACUUCUUCCAACGUUAACCCAGAUUUGAGAUUGUGAACUUUCUUGUUGGAUGUCAGAGGAGGUUUGCUACAUCAGUGUAUCUGGACCUAUGUUUUCAUCAACAAAUAGUUCUUCCAGGCAUCACAUACACUGUUUGGUGUUUCAAAGAAAAGAAAGAGAUAAAAAUGAUGUACAAUGGUGCAUCAGGAGUACAACUUGCAUCAGGGAUUCAGGAGAGUCACAAAUCAGAUCUGCUUAGUUCAGUGGUCUUAAUUUCGUGCCAAGUGACAAUCAGGAACUCUCACUGUUUCUUCAGAAGUUAGGUGCUCCAGUCCAGAUUUUCUUCGACUGCAAACAGUAGGCCUCAUAAACCUUGGUACCUGCGAUAAUGGAGCUGCUGCAAUAUUUCUAGUCUUGUUCCUACUAAUUUCAAGAUUAGGUUGGGGCCGUUCAUUAUAUUUAUAUAAAUGAUCAAUCAUUGCAACUUCCUUCUCCCUUUCUACCUGAUUUCAGUUUUUCCCAGUCAUUAUAAAGGCACCAGAGUUCACAAUUCAUAAUUGAAACAAAAAGGCACUUGAAUUCUUGAAGUAAAGUAACCAGUAAACGAAAGAUGGACGGAAUCCCGGAUAUCCAAUAUCUGAGAAGCCUCAGAGAAAACCAGCACGAGGUCAAGUAUUUUCGUCCAUCUCCAUGGCAUGGCAGCCCCCAACUUUAUAUUUCCUUCAGCUAUUAGCCAAGGAAACCAAAACACGUAAAAUAUAAAAGAGUGGUUUGGGGGAAUGGGAAGGGAGAAGAAGUCUCACGAGCUUUUGAAUGUUGAUGGAAGAAUUUUUGUCUCUGCAGCUGCGAGCGAGACUAAAACCAUUUCAGAUUUCAAGCAUCAUCUUAAUUACAACCUUUAUUUGAUAUGUUAUUCAGGUACUUACUGCCA